AUGCCGGUUUAUCAAGAAGCAGAACAAAUCCAAGCACAGACAAUCAUCGUUAUCCAUCCUGGCUCUAUGUACCUACGAAUGGGCCGUGCUUCUGACUUGAAACCUGUUACAUUGCUACACGCUGUAGCAAGGAGACGUCUGCCAAGUGGAACAAGAUACAAGGACAGUUUCUUACCCCCAGCUGUGACACUAACAAAAGAGUUGACGCAAGCUAUGGAAGAAUCUCGUUUACAAGUCUCGCACACUCUGCAGUCUUGCCUGCAAUCAGAUGGGAGCCGAAGGUAUGCAACCCCGCCUCAGCAGAUAGCAGCUUUCAAUCGCAGGUCCAGCCCGGAAAUCACCUCCCCGGAUGGCAUGAAGUGGACCAAGGCCGAUCGCGAUGUAAUCAUUGGCGAUGAUAUCUUGUCGCUGGUCCCGGAGGAGGAAGCCGGUUUUAAUAUCCAUUUCCCGUACAAACGAGGCGAGCUCAACGUGCAUUCGGCUCCGGGAGGCAGUCUAACGGCCGUCAUGGCGGAUCUGAAGACCAUCUGGGAGUACGUGCUGACUGAGAAGCUGGAUAUCCCUUUGAGAGACCUGAAACACUAUCGCGCGGUGCUGGUUAUACCUGACAUUUAUCAUCGACCCUACCUGAAGGAGCUAACGACGCUCCUGCUGGAUGAAAUUGGUUUUGGCCGUUGUAUUCUGCUACAAGAUCAUGUAGGCGCGAUGUUCGGAGCGGGUCUCGGGUAUGCGUGCAUAGUGGACGUUGGAGCGCAAAAGAUAUCGGUGUCCUGCGUGGAGGACGCGAUCUCUCACAAGGACACGCGAGUACGCAUGGAUUACGGAGGCGCAGAUGUCACGCAAACAUUCCACUGGCUCCUGCAAAAGUCUGCCUUCCCGUAUAAAUCGUGCGUUCCUACCAACAAGUUAGACGCGUUGCUCCUGGACCAACUAAAGAUUGAUUUCUGCCAUGUGGACCUAAACGUGUGUGGCUCGCAGGAGAAAACGUUUGUCGUCAGGAAACUGAAACAAACGGAAUCGUAUACCCUACAGGUGGGUGAUGAGUGUUUGAUAGCACCUCUGAGCCUGUUUCAACCUGAACUGUUCAGAAUCACCGGAACGCAUAGUGUACACGGUCAGAAACGGUCAGCGGGAGAUCCGGAGGAUCCCUACGACGAGAAUUAUUUGAGGGAAACGAGCAGACGUGGGAUGAAAGAAUCUCUGGAUCAUUCCUCAGAGAUGCAAGAGGAGGCGGCAAGCGCACCUGCGGCUGCAGGCGAGGACGAGGUCGUGGUCGAUACCGUCGGUGAUUCCGUACCUAGUUUGUCGAACCGUGAUUUGGAAGCUCCCCGAGACAGCAUGGUACCGCAACAGUUGUUAGGUCUCGAUCAGGCUAUAUUACAAAGUAUUGAACGAUGUUCCAACGAAGAUCUCAAGAGAAAGAUGUACAGUUGUGUGCUGGUCGUCGGAUCCGGCUUGAAGUUUAAGGGUAUCGGUACGUGGCUGCGUAAUCGGAUAUCCCUCCAAACACCUUACAUGUAUAGGCCUGAACAACUGGACAUAAUAACGCAACCGAAGGACAUGGAUCCGGGCAUGACUACCUGGAAAGGAGCGGGAAUCCUGAGCUGCCUGGAAUCGGCUCAGGAGCUGUGGAUCGCUCGAUCCGAGUGGCAUCGCUCGGGAGUCAGGAUAUUGAGGGAGAGGUCUCCCUUUUUGUGGUGAAACGGUAUUUGCUACGCUUCAUAGCAAAUUUCGGCGAGUAUGGCGUGUUCUUUUUAUUUAGAAAAAUAUAUUAAAUAUGGAAAUC